AUGGCCUUGGAGGCAGACAGCGACAGAGGUUCAUCAAGAAGCGCUCAUGAAAAAUAUCCCCGGGCUGCGUUGGAGCGCAACGGCUACGUGAAGACAUGUGUCACCCCGCUGCACCAGGACGCAGCAAGCCAGUCGUGGCUGAGAGUCGCCGUGACAUGGACUCGCCGAGGAGUGUCGUCUGCUGUCUGCGUUGCCUCCGUCUCCGUUAUUCUCGCUCUGCUGCUCAGAUUGGUCGACUGGGAUGCAGGCAGCAGCAGCAGCAGCGGAAAUAGCUCCGGUUCUAGUCUACAUUUCGCGGCGGGCUGCGCUGUGGAGCUACUCUUCACUGCUUAUAAUUGCGUCUCCCCCGUUUUUACUCUCAUAUGUGCCUUUUUCUGGGUCGGGCUUUAUCUGAUCCGCUGCGGGGUGCUCAUCCGUACUGUGGGGUUUCUUUUAGCGGUGUGCCACUUGGGCGAAGCCGCUGCGCAGUCGCUCCUGCGCGGCGCCGAGGAGCAGCUGCUCUCCCUCCCCGCGACCCUGGUAGUCCUCGGCUGCCUGGGCAGCGGGGCUCUGCUGGUCGUCAGCCUGCGCCAGGGAGUGUCCAUCCUCGUCUUCAUCAGCGUCAUCAGGGCCGUCUCCCUCGUCUCACUGAGCAGGGUACGGGCCAGCUGGAGACCCUACCUGGCCUACCUGCUGGGGCUGCUGGGGGUUUUGCUUGCGAGGUAUGCUGACCGGCUCCUGCCGGCCUCAGGGACCAGCGGGACGGGGUGCUGUGGCUCUGUGACCGGGGCGAAGGAGGAGGACAUCCCUGUCUUCAAAAGGAGACGGAGGUCCAGCUCCGUAGCGGCCUCGGAAAUGAUGGCUCACAGUCAGAGCAACAGCAAGUCCCACCGCAGGACUUCGCUGCCGUGCAUUCCGCGGGACCAGAUGAUGUGCCAGCAGGAAUGGGACUACAAGAGAGCUCUAAGCAGAUCCCAGUCCUCGGGCACCAGUGUGAUUGUGGACAUCGCGGUGAUGGGUGAGGCGCACGGUUUGAUCUCAGACCUGCUGGCUGACCCCUCACUGCCCCCUAACACCUGCACCUCCCUGAAAGCUGUCAGCAACCUCCUCAGCACCCAGAUCAGCCUCCAGCCGCUCCACCGGCCUCGCCUCCCUGCAGACACACACACCUGCUCUGACUCUGAGGAGGGGCCUGAAAAACUAGAGAGACUGGCCAUCCCGAAGCGUCUAAGGCGGAGUCUGCCCCCUGGAUUGCUUAGGAGAAUAUCGUCAACUUGGACCACGACCACCUCAGCUACAGGGCUGCCAACCAUUGAGCCUGGGCCAGUACGCCGAGACCGCUCAGCCAGCAUCAAACAUACCACAGACAGCGAAACGUGGAACAACUCCAUGAUGAUGACCAUCUCGAAGGGUCGGUCCAUGUCUGCCUCCUAUGCUGCCUCUGUCAUCUCCAACCACAUCUACAGCAAACCACUGGGAAGACCAGGUUUCCCCCCCUCCAACGUGUCACCUCUGGGCUCUCCGUGCCCGUCUCCUCCGAUCCAGGGUACUCCAGUCUCCAGUCCGACUACUAAAACAUGUUCAGUGCAGCUUCCUGAGCCCGCUGGUCCUCUCAUAGAGCGGAUCCCUGGCCCUGUGGUCUCCAAGAGCCACCACAGAGCCUUAACUCACAGCCAGAGUGCCCCGAGCUCCACCACACCUCACUGGAGACCUCCAUCACUUUGUGGCAGCUGUGGCAGACCAUUCAACAAUCGGCUAAACCAUGGUGUAGAAUCUGGGGACAAAGGAGACAGAAUACCCCAUCCAGAUGAGCGCGCUGUAGCAUCUUCAGACUAUGACAGCACCUACGACAGCACUUAUGAGACCAACCACAGUGACAGCAGCGACUUUGCACAGAAUGAAGAGGAGGGAGAGGGUGGCAAGAAGCACCCCGGUGCGAGGGACGGAUGCAGGGAGUAUCUGUCAGAGGGCAUCGUUCUUCACCCACUCCUGCCAUCACCAGAGGACAAGCCAGUCUUAGCGAUGGAGCCUCUGGUGAUGUCAGGUCUGGAGCCGCUCAUGAGUCAACUCAACAAUUGGAACUUUCCCAUUUUUAGUUUAGUGGAGAAAACCCGUGGCAAGACAGGCCGCAUUCUCAGUCAGGUUUCCUACAGGCUCUUUGAGGACACCGGUCUGUUCGAGACAUUUAGAAUUCCCGUCCAAGAGUUCAUGAACUACUUCCAGGCGUUGGAGAAUGGGUACAGGGUCAUCCCAUAUCACAACAGGAUCCAUGCCACUGAUGUGCUGCAUGCUGUUUGGUACCUCACCACUCAGCCUAUCCCAGGCCUUCCAACUCUGCUGACUGAAAAUGGGAUACACACUGAAAACGGCAUUACGCCCGGGGCCACAGGCUUCCUGUUGUCCAAGAUGAACUCCGUGCUGACAGAAGGCUAUGGCUCCCUGGCCGGCCUCAUCCCCGGCCUGGAGCUCAUGGCUCUGUAUGUAGCUGCUGCCAUGCAUGACUAUGACCAUCCUGGGAGAACCAAUGCCUUCUUAGUAGCUACCAGCGCACCACAGGCUCUUUUAUACAACGAUCGCUCCGUUUUGGAAAAUCAUCAUGCAGCUUCAGCGUGGAACCUCUUCAUGUCUCGGCCCGAGUACAACUUCCUGGUUAACCUCGAGCAUGUGGAGUUCAAGCGCUUCCGCUUUCUUGUCAUUGAAGCCAUUCUGGCCACAGACCUCAAAAAGCACUUUGACUUCUUGGCAGAGUUCAAUGCAAAGGUGGGUGAUGAUGGAGUUUCCAGCAUUGAUUGGGCCAAUGAAAAUGAUCGAAUGCUGGUGUGUCAGAUGUGCAUCAAGCUGGCUGAUGUCAAUGGACCACUGAAGUGUAAGGAGCUGCACCUGCAGUGGACCGAGGGGAUUGUCAACGAGUUCUAUGAACAAGGCGACGAAGAAUCCAGCCUGGGCCUUCCCAUCAGCCCAUUCAUGGACCGGUCCGCACCACAGCUCGCUAAACUACAGGAAUCGUUCAUCACUCACAUAGUCGGACCUCUGUGCUCUUCCUACAACUCCGCUGCUCUCAUGCCGGGACGCUGGGUCGACCCACCUGAGGGAGAGAUGGAGCUGGAGGAGGAGAAGGAAGGACAAGAUAUAGAGGAGGAAGAAGAGGAAGAGUUAGCAGACGAGGACGCAUCAACUAGUUCUGAAACUUCCCAGCUGCAAGAAACCAAAAAGGUGAGCCGGAGGAAAGUGUUUUGCCAGAUCACCCAGCAUCUUCUGGAAAACCAUGAAAUGUGGAAAAGAGUUAUAGCUGCAGAAACCCAGGAGGAGGCAGGGAAAGAGGAGAACCCGAACUGCAUCAGCAGCACGACAGAUCCUAUCACAGCCAUCCAUGAGGAAGAGGAGGAGCAAGCAAGCAAAGAGGAGGAGUUGGCUGAAGGCCUCGACGACAGGGAAGAGGUGCCGGCUAUAGAGGAGGAGGAAAUCCUUCCACAAUCAGAGACUUCAGGGGAUAAAGAGGAGGAACCAGAGUGAUAUUAUAAACCUCCUCUUACACCAGGAAUCUAAACAUUGUCUAAAAAUGUUUCUUUUCUAACUAAACUCUUGAUAUGUUAGCCAGCACAUCACUUUGACACAACACUGUAGAAGAUGCUUUGGGUAAUAUGUGCCUAACAAAAACUGAGGUUGAGGACAGAGAUGAUGCAUGCCCAGUUCAUCUGACAAGAAGAGAAAGUCAAGUGACUGCUGGAGAAAAAAAAGAGUGAUUGGGACAGUGUUUCCUUUCGUUGUUAUGUUGGUUUCAGUCUGGAUCUGGUGCUCUGCCCUCACCCAGGCUGCCAAUCCUGCACUACUGGCCCACCACGCUCAUUCACAGAUUCACUCCUCCAGUGAGUAAUACACUGUCACGACCCACAUGCCCCCACCCAUCUCGUUACUCCCAUGCUAUCAGCACACUGUGGAGACACCCAGCUGGUUGAGGAUGUGCAACAAGCCCCCUUACUUGAAGACAAUGGGAUGAAAGCCAGGGAAAAAGCUGUGUCCACUGAGGCUCAGCCGUGAGGAUUUCACAGGGAGACGAAAAAAAAGGGCCCGUAGUAGUACACCGUGUAUACAAACAUACACCCACACAAGCUUCACACACAGACACACUCACAGUACAUUACAGUACAGUAGAAACACAUUCCAUAUUCAGAACCAAUAGGAAGUGAAACAAAGAACCCUGUUGCUCCAAAAGCUUUAUUCUCACUCAAGGGAAAACAUACAAAACAAGGUUUUGUUCAUGUCAAACAAUGUCCGUCUUCAGUCACAUAUUUUCUCCCUGUCUGUUGAUAUUCAAAGCUGGCGCAGAACACCUACACGUUUCCAGGCCACGCAACUCAGGAAGGUAGAAAACUGUAGAAAAAAUGGGGACUAAAAGGGACUCGCAGCGUCCUUGUCCUUUCACUUACCGUUUGAUUUUCUGUCUGCGCUGUACAAGACGGUACAUUUUGAAUUACAUCCGCAGAGACGCGCUUCUUUGUGAAGGGAAACUCAAGGGAAACAAGACUAUGGUUGACACUAUACUGUAUAUCACAAUUCUUUUUUUAUUUUGGCUCACUCAGCAGCUGUAUCCUAUAGGAUCAUAGUGCUUAUCACAUGAAAAUCAACAAGACACAAAACUAGGUAAUAAGGUGAUGUGUUUUGUUGAGCACGACUUUUUAUAUGUCUUUUCUCAGCUUGUUUACUUACAGUAACAAAGUUUGUAACAGCUAGGAUUUUUUUCCUCACUGCAUUAUUAUUUAUGGCCUGGUAUGUAGGCCACAUGUUUCAGAAAGUGAAGUAAUCCAGUAAGCCAUAGUGGCCUGGACCAGUGCUGACUCACAGCUCCCGAUCACACGAGAGGACUUACAUCAAUGAAAUAUUCUAAAGAGCCAACCGCCGCCGUUCAGGGAACGUGCUGUAUAUCUGCAAAGUUCAGCUCAGUCAGAUUCAAAUCAUGCAAUAUCUGUUUUUAUGGCACCUAAGAUGAAAAUAGAUAAAUACUUAAAAUUAUUAGCAUUUCUCAGUUGUUUCACAAAAACACAGACAACCAGACAUGGCUGCAUAAAUCUAUAAUCAGAAUGAAAAAGUUAUGUUGGUCUUUAAUGACUUAAGUCAGAUUUUGGAUAAAUAUAGUGCAAGCCUCCUAACCUAAAAUGCUGCCAUCUGUUAUCUUCUGUGACACGUCAGGGUAUUUUUUAAAAAUCAGCUGAGGACAUGUAGCAUAUUUGAUCCUCAAUGAGAGAAAAAACAAAAGCAGAAUGAGAGAUAAAAUAAUUUUACACAAGGAAAAAAACCUUUAAAAUCUAUCUGAUAAUUGGCAACCAGACGUACCACAAAUUGAUGUAUAUUUUCCCCAUAUUUAGUCCUUACUGAUAAUGUAGCAUAGUACUUACAGGUUGUAUCGCCGCUCUCCUUUGAUGUCCUUCUGGAUUUAGAUUGCUGGUGAUAAGAGCGUGAACAAGAUCAGUCGUCGUAAUGAGAAAAUCUGAGGGGGUCAUAUAUCAUUUUCACACUUUAGCUGAUUCCUUGAGAUGUAACGUGAUUGUCUUCGUUUCCAAGUAUUACAAGCAUAUGCAGUACAGUAUGUAUGAUCUGACAUUGGAGGAGCUCUGGGGGUUCAGUUCAGCGAUUUAAUGAUGCUUUGUGUUUUCACUUACUGAUCUGUAGCAGGAACUUUGUGUCCAGUAGCAAAGUGAACAUGAUUCACAAAAAAAUACCCUUUUUGACUUGUAUCAGCACUUUUAGGAGAAACUGUCCGUGACUAACGCCUUUCUUGUGAGGUAGCCCUAAAGAGAUAAAGAGAGAACAAAAUGUAUUUUUGCAGUGGCACUAAUUUUCAGAGGGUUUUUUAUUUAAAACUGUGCUUCAGAUGUGUAGUUUAUUGUUACUCUAUUAUAAGAUAUAUUACGAGAGAUAUAUAAGGAUACGAAAUGGUAUGAUAUGAUACAAUAUGACAUAACAUGAUAUGAUUUGACAAGGUAAGAUAUGAUAGGAUAUGACUGGAUACAAUACGCUAUGAUAUAAAAUGCUAUUGUAUGCUACAAUACUAUUCCAGAUGAUAUACUAUGAUAUCAUACAAUAUGAUAUAAUACAAAAACAUAAUACGAUUAGAUGUGAUUUAAUGUAACUCAAUACAUUACAAUAUAAUACAAUAUUUCAUGAUAUGACAAUACAAUAUGAUAUGGUCUGAUAGCAUAUAAAACUGUAUGGUGCGAUAUGAUAUGAUUCAAUUGAGCACAAUACAUUACAAUAUGGUACGUUAUUGUCUCCAAAGGGAAAUUUGGCCUUGAAAUAUUCUAUAAAUACAGAGAAGGUAAAUAACAAUUAGACAAUUUGCAGCAGAGUUCCUGGUAUACUGUCUAACUACCUGAAAUGAUGACAGAGAGAAAAAAAUGAAUGAGGGGUAACUUGUUUUUAACGCUGACAACAAAACAACAAAUGAAUAUGUGUAAAACAGAAAUAUAAACAUCCAGUAAUAAACCAAAACACAUUGUGCAACCAGUUUUUUUGGCAUAAUUAACAAACGCUGGAUGAAAAACUAACUGAGCAAUCUAUUUAACAGGCUUGUUCGCAGUCAUGAAGUUUAUACUGGUAGAACUUGCCUUACUGUGACCCAAAUUUCCUUAUUCAAUUAGAGUUUUGAUAACCCUAAUACUGUCUAAAUUCCAUUGCAGUGUUAUCAAAAUGCCCAUUGUGCACAAGAGGGCUGAACUGUGCAGCGCUGACUGCUUAUUCCCUGUGCUUACAAAAGGGUGCAGUGGUUGUUUUUAUUGCAAUGAAUAAGAAAGCCUGUACUAACCAAACCCUGAGCUUAUUGUUCGUGUUCAGUUGAAGUUUAGAGCUCUUAAUAGGUGUUCAAAGUCUGAUCUUUUUAAAGGAAUUAGAAUUUGCCUAACAAUCUGUAAUACAGCGUAAUGUUUAAGUAACAGGAUGCCCGGGGGGGAUGGAGUCCAAACAAGAGCUCAUGCUGCUCAGAAAUUCAAAGAAAUUUACAAAAGGAAAUGGUAAAUCUGACCCCUGUGUUUCUUAUCUGUCAACACAAAAGGCAGCACUGUAUUUAAAACACAGUUUGAUUUUCAUCCCCUGGACCAAAUGUCUUCCAAUAGCCUCUCCUUGCACUGCCUAGUCAUGAUCACCUGUAGCAGUAAAAACUCAUCUGUAAACACCAGCUCAUCUCACUACACAUCUGUAGUGUACACAUCAUUUAAGGCUUCAGCUGGGGUUAAAGGUUGAGCAAUUUUGAAGCUCUGUACUGCAACGUAGCUUUUGAACCACUUAUUCUGGAAAUAACCAUGACAGUAAUGAACUCUGCAGCGAGCCCCCUGCAACAACAGUUUUCUGAGCACACAACCCCACAAAACAUACAAUAUAACUAUGCCUCGCAUAUGAUCACACUAAUCAUGCAUGUGCAUACUUGUGCCGUUAUUGUUCUCUAUAUUCCAAAAUUCCUCAUUCGCUUCCCAUUGAAGUGGAUGGAGAAUUCAAAGCUCACUAACUGUAGAUGCACGUUUGCAAAAAUAGAUGCUUCCCCCCUUCCUAUCCCUGCCUCACUAACUGUGUACUCAAAAAUGCAGCAAUCAAAGAGACUUAAUCAAAGCUGUGACAGAAUUUGGGGUAGCUAUUUUCUGUCGUAAACAAUCCAAAACACCGGAGCUCUUUUGUGUUGUUUGGAGUUUUCAGUGAGACAAAUAUAAGCGCCCAAAUGGUCAAGUUUCCUCCAGUCUUUAAAGAACAAGUUCUUUUUUUCAGUGAAGUUAAAGGACCAUUCUGUUUGUAUUUUUUUCCUUCUUAUAAAUUAUUGAAUCACUUAUACUGUAAUUAGAAAACUGCACUGCAUUACUUUACAGCCAAACUGCAACUUGCUACAGUUAAUGAGCAUGUCAUUGCUUGGGUGCAUUUUAUAACUCAUGUAAUUUUUUAGAAGUUGCUAAUUAUUGCAUCUUGUCUAAAUUGGUGAAAACCAACGGAGGCCUGGAACAGUAUAAUACAUCCUUAUUUACUAACAUGAGAGCAUUCUUUGUUAAAUUGUCCUGUGUAAUUCAGUGCGGUAAAGGUAUUUCAUUAAGUGGCAUAAGAUGUGGAUCCACUGGUAUCGUUCCAGUAUUGUGAUCAGUCUACUGAUACACCCUAGAGCACACUUUGCUGCAGGAUAAAAAGUUAUUUAAACUACUUGAAGUCAGCAAAAAUAAGAUUGUCAGCUGGUGUUGAUUUACGACUCAAUUUCACAUGAUUCUCCUCUUUUUUAUCCCACACAGAAUCAACUAUCUAUCAGCUCUCAAUGGCAGAAAUGCUCGUGACAAAAUUGAUUUUCACCCUGUAUAUGUUAAGUAACGUUUUUUGGCCUCCAAAGUAUAAAAAGUCAGUUAUUCAGUUUCAUUUUUCUCUGAGUCAACUUUAGCCACAGGGUUUAAACAGGCAAUCACAUGGCAUUUAUAAAAUCUUGUUUUACAAUAUUUUUAUGUAAAAAGUCAGGCAAGACAACAACAAAUGUACAGGGUCAACUCAAUUGUGCAGGUUUAUAAAAAAGCCAGUAUCAGCGUUCUUUGAAGGAUUAGACAAAGGGGAUUGUUGCACACGGGUUUAACUUGUGCAAACCAAAGAAACUUUUUGUAAUAUGAGUGUUUUUUGUGAUUUGCACAAAAUUAACCCUAAUAUCAGCAUGUUUCUUCUCAAUCAUCAGUGUUAUUGAGAACCUGGUGAGGAUGUCUGGAUAUGCAUAACAAAAUCUGUAAGCAUUCAUCUUCCAGGCGGGACUUUCUCACGUCUUGAGUGUCUGUUUUUAUUUCAAUGCCUUGUCAAUAGGCCGCAGUGGCACUACAAUGGAACUGUUCUGUUCUCAGACUGAAGCCCUUGUACUUUUGUUUGAUGGUUUAAACCAAAAACAUUCCUUUUUUGUAUUGUUUGUUGUUUCAGCCAUUUUAAAAGGCAGGCUAUGCUCCUGUGCCAUACCAUUUUCACAUGUACGUAUGUAUGUAUGUAUGUAUGUAUGUGUGUAUGUAUACCGUGCAUUGUUCGAAUGCUAUGUUCAUCAGCUUUCCUUGUUCUCCACAAAGGAAACCAAAACAAACUUUUUUUCACCACCUUAAAAGCAAGAAAAACAAAGCUGGUACGUUUUUAUCUACUAUAGCAGACGCUACACAGUCUCGAUUCUUUCUUUCUCUCCAGUAUCUUGCACUUAACACAUGUAGCAAUACCUACAGGAUGGGGAAAUUGUGUGAUUCACCAGUAUUUGUUAAUGUAGAAUAUGACAUUUUAUUUCUAGAUAUUGUUUGACUUUGUAUUAAAAAAAAUAUAUACUGUACAGAUUCAAAAGUAUAUUAUGACAAAAAAAACUUUUAGAAAAAUAUUUAUUUUUACUGUUUUGUAAUUUAGACACAAUACUGUAGCUCCUCUAUUGCCAGACUUACUGGAAGUGCCUCUCGAUAAUGUAUUACGAAGUAACUAUACAAUAUAUUGGGAUUAUUAGAACAUGUCACUAGCUGAGCAGUGUUGAUGUUGUAAUGUGAAUAUUGUUGAAUAAUAAGAUUUAUAAAUGCUG